CACAUUCUCGACCUCGACUGUGACGCCGCCUUACCACUGUAGUAUCAACAGCCGAACCGUCCCGAUCUUCAAGUCACUCGCAAGCUCAUCUCUUCGAGCCGCGUCACAUGUCAUACAGGUAGCGGCCAUCGUCUGUGUAUAACGCCGACCGAAAUUCACACCGCUUGCCGAACGCAACCAGCAAGCAGAGCUAUCCCCAGUCAGCAAAGCCGCAAGCAAUCCAAAUUUGAGCCUGGAUCUUAUCCCUGGAUCUGGGUUCUGGGCGAGAUGGAAUCUCAAAUCGAGAAUGCCAUCGAGAUAGCCUGGAAUCCAUCUUCCGACCAGACCCUCAAGGGCCAGGCCUUCGAGUUCUUAAACCAGCUUCGAUCGGACCCGCAAGCAUGGCAAGCAUGUCUGACCUUGUUCACAAGGACACCAAAGACCUCUGAUGUCGUUCGGCACGUCACCCUUGAGAUCGUCAACAAUGCCGUGCAAAUCCAGGCACUCGAUGGACAAAGUCUGACGUACCUCAAGGACUCGCUCCUCGAGUACGUGCGCAACACCUAUGGAUCUGGCCAGCCGUCCGAGGCAGAUCCGGCAAACUUACAAAACAAGCUCACGCAAACCCUUACAACGCUAUUCAUCACUCUUUACCAACAUGGCUGGGACAGCGCCAUCGACGACUUCCUGGCACUGACCGUUCUUCCCGGAAGCAAUGCAAGAGACAACGCGUUGGGCGUGGUCAUGUACCUGCGCAUUCUCGGAUCCAUUCACGACGAGAUCGCCGACGUGCUCGUAAUGCGGCAAGACAACCAAUCCAGGUUGCAUUCUGAGCUCAAGGACUUGUUGAGAUCCAGAGACGUGCCAAAGGUUGCCCAGUCAUGGCAGGACAUUCUUUCCCAAUUCGCCAACCGGGACGAUGCCAUCAUUGAGAUGACGCUCAAAGUCAUCGGACGCUGGGCCAGCUGGAUCGAUAUCUCCCUCAUUAUCAGCGAUAAUAUGCUGGGCCAUAUCCUGCCUCUGGUUGGUCGCACUAAUGAAGCUGGCGGCGAAGACAAGGUGCGACAUGCCGCCGUUGAUGCAUUCACAGAGAUUGUUGGCAAGAAGAUGCGCCCAGCAGACAAGACCGAGAUGAUCUCGUUCUUGAACUUGCGCGAAAUCAUCUCUCAGCUCAUUGCGAGCCCGCCCUUGAACGAGUGGAAGGGCACACCACGAUACGACACAGACUUGGGCGAAUCCGUCGCCAAGUUGGUCAACACUACUACCGCCGACUUGGUGCGCGUGUUGGAGGACAAGGCGACCGACGACAACACGAGAUCGAAGGCGAAUCAGCUACUCCACGACUUCAUCCCACUCCUCCUGCGAUUCUUCUCGGAUGAGUACGACGAAAUCUGCUCAACAGUCAUCCCGUCCUUGACGGAUGUGCUCACGUAUCUCCGGCGACUCCAAAAGCUGCCCGAAGCGUUCUCGGGCUCGUUGCCGCCGAUUUUGGACGCAAUCAUUCUGAAGAUGCGCUACGACGAGACAUGUUCUUGGGGCAACGAAGACGAGCAGACAGACGAGGCCGAGUUCCAGGAGCUCAGAAAGAGACUACAAGUACUGCAAAAGAGUGUGGCGGCCGUUGACGAGAACCUGUACAUUGACGUGUUGAGCAACGUGGUUGCCAAUACCUUCCAGAGGCUGGACGAGCAAGGUUCGAGUAUGGACUGGAGAGAUGUGGACCUUGCUCUUCACGAGAUGUUCCUGUUCGGAGAACUUGCGAUGCCAAACCAAGGACUUAAUGCCAAGAGCCAACCGAAUCCUGCUGCUUCGGAACGGCUCAUGGCUAUGAUGACCAAGAUGGUCCAGUCCGGCAUUGCAAACUUUCCUCACCCUGCUAUUCUGCUGCAAUACAUGGAGAUCUGUGUGCGCUACUGUGCAUUCUUUGAAACACAGACACAAUUCAUUGCGCCAGUCCUGGAAAACUUUGUUCGCCUGGUUCACCACGACCAUGUUCGCAUUCGCACAAGAUCAUGGUACCUGUUUCACCGCUUCGUCAAGCAUCUUCGCGCGCAGGUCGGAAACGUCGCCGAGACCAUAAUUCAAUCCAUCAGCGACUUGCUACCCAUCAAGGCGGAAGUUCCCGGUGAUGAGGCUGACGAUGACAUGUCAUCUGAUCAGACUGAUAACUCUGCCGAUGCUGUAUUCACAAGCCAGUUGUACCUCUUUGAGGCAAUUGGCUGUGUCUCGUCCACAUCGAGCACACCUGCCGACAAGCAGGCUCUUUAUGCGAGAUCUGUUCUGACACCUUUGUUUCGGGACAUGGAACAAUACCUGCCAAAGGCAAAAUCUGGCGACGCACAAGCUGUACUGCAGAUCCAUCACAUCAUUCUGGCCCUUGGCACCCUUGCGCACGGCUUCUCUGACUGGAUGCCGGGCACAAAUAGCUCCUCUCAACGGGCCCCUCCGGACAAGGUACUCUCGGAUGAGUUUGCGCGCGCCGCCGAGGCCAUCCUGAUUGCGCUUGGGCAGUUGAAUAGCUCUUCCGAAAUCCGAACAGCCUGCCGGUCUGCUUUCUCGCGCCUGCUCGGCGUUCUCGGAGCAGCCGUUCUCCCCCAGCUGCCCCAGUGGAUCGAGGGCCUCCUGUCCCAGAGCUCCUCCAAGGACGAGAUGGCUAUGUUCUUGCGCCUGCUUGACCAGGUCGUCUACGGCUUCAAGUCGGAAAUCUUUGACGUUCUCAACCUCCUACUGACGCCUCUCCUCCAACGGAUAUUUGGUGGUCUUUCCGAGCCCAUCAGUGGCACCGACGACGAGAUUCAGCUCGCUGAGCUUCGUCGAGAGUAUCUAACAUUUUUGGGCAUCAUCUUGAAUAAUGAUCUCGCAGGCGUCCUUAUAUCCGAGGCAAACCAGGGCUUCUUUGACGCGCUUUUCACUUCGAUUCUCGGUCUUGCCAGAGAGAUUGAUCCGGCCUCGGGCAACCUAGCGGCAAGCCGUCUUGCUUUCGGUCUUCUUACCAAGAUGGCGAACGUGUGGGGAGGCGCCGACGUUGCCAACAUCUCAGCCAAUCCCUCUGCUCCCACAGGAUCUCCGGCGCCGACGAUCCCGGGCUUUGACCAGUUCUUAAUCGAUCGUUUCCAUGCUGUGUGCUGGGAGGUGCUGCGGGACCCCCAAUUCAAGCCAUGGGCAGAUGCGCAGACCAAGCAGGUGCUCAACGAGAUCGCUGGCCUCGAGCAAGCGAUCUACCUCAAGACUGGUGAGCGGUUCAUUCAGCACUUGCAGGCCUCCUUGUUCCCGGCUCUGGGAACAGAUGGCAACGACUUUUUGCGCUCCAUGACAACGGCGGUCGACAAGAAGUCAUUUGGCAAAUAUCUGCAGGAUCUGCUCAAGAACAGCCGGCAGGCCUAAGAAGAAGCAAAAAACCACGAGAAAGGGGUUCGUCAACAUACACAAAC